AUGCGCGCGUCCUCUUUCUUCACUGCUGGCGCCCUUGCCUUGGGCUCGGCCAACGCCCUCAACAUCUUGAUGAACAAUGACGACGGCUUCGGAAGUGCCAAUCUUCGGGAGUUUUACAAGGUGCUCAAGGCCAAGGGUCAUAAUGUCUGGAUUGUUGCGCCCGCUGUUCAGCAGAGCGGACAGGGAGGUCGAUCGGACUUCACGACUUAUCCCAACUUGACCUCACCGGCGCAGUACGACUUGAUCCCAACCGGAGCACCGUCGGUCGGGCCAGAUCCCGCAGACAGCCAGAUCUGGUAUUACAACGGGACGCCCGCAGCUUGUACCUUUGUCGCUCUGGACUAUGUGCUGCCCAACUUUGCCAACUUCAGCGUCCCGGACUUGGUCGUCACGGGCCCCAACUACGGCACCAACCUCGGCGCCUUUGUCUGGACUUUGUCGGGUACUGCUGGCGCCGCCUACGCCGCAACCUCGAGAUCCAUUCCAGCCAUUGCCUUCUCCGCGUCCAACUCGGCCGCCUCGUACAAGACCAUCACCAACACCACCAACGAGUACACGUACGUGGCUGAACUAUCAGGCCGCGUCGUGGACGCCUUUGUGUCAUCGGCACCGGCGGGAGGACCCAUUCUCCCCCUGGGUUACGGAGCCAAUGUCAACUAUCCUCGGCUGUACGCCAACUGGAGCUCGAUGGACAUUGUGCAGACGCGGUACACGGGCGGCGCCGAAACGGACGCGGCCGUGGCAGCUACGACGGCGGGCACCUUUACCUGGUCCAAUUUGUCGCCGCGCAGCGCUGGCGUCAACACGUGCAUCAAUGGCGACUGUUCGCUGCCCGGCGAGACGGACACGGUCAGCGCCGGCAAAGUCUCCCUCAGCCUGUACACGAUUGACUAUAGUGCACCCAAAAACUGCAACACGACAGCUAUCGUGCAACGACUAAAGCCUCUCACUGAGGCCUGA